AUGUCGGGGUCAAACAUGCCGAUAGUGAAAAUCCCCGCGCCCACUUCAGCUACCGCCAUGAUCGUUCUGGUAGAGGCGGGAGAUGAGUUCGAGACACCCACCUUGAGAGGCGACAUCGUACCUAUUCACGUCGGCAGCGAUCCGGAGACGCUGUUACAUGUUCAUGCCACCGCCUUGACCAAGAGCUCCGGGUUCUUCAAGAACGCGUUGAAAUCAGAGUGGCGCACAGAUGCUACGAAGCCCAUCGACAUAUCUGACGUGGAUCUAGUCGUUUUCGAAGGAUAUUGCGGAUGGCUGUACACAGGCAAGAUCACGCAUCUUGAUAACGAGGCGUGCUACAUAUACCUCGCAAGACUCUACGUCCUAGGAGAACGGAUUUUGGACGUUACAUUGCAGAACAGCGUCGUCGCCGCUAUAAUCCGACGCAACCGAACCAACGGCAGGCACCCUGGAAACACCUCGGUACAGAUCAUCUACGCUGGUACCCCCACUGGCUCACCCGUCCGACGGUUGCUGGUAGACUUUUGGGUCUUCAGUGCGUCACCAUCAUGGCUCGGUCUUGACGAUCUGAUCAAGCAUACCUGCUCCGAAUUCGUGAACGACCUGGUUCGCAAGCUCAUUGAGCAGCGAGGCGCACCCGACGGCUUCGUCCCAAGACCAUGGAUUGCGAAACCUAAAUCAUACGAGACAAAGUAA